UGCAGUAUAUACAACGUGAAAACACACACAACAGAACAACACACAUCUGCAUGCAAACCAGGAUCAAAAUGAAGUCUGUUCAGACUGCACUUUUCUUAUUGCUGCUGCUUCAGGGAGUCAUGAGCUAUGAUGACACAGCAUCAUGUGCUCACCCCAAACCGCUCUGCUGUAUGGGACAAAAUGAUGACUGCUAUCGUGGGUGUUAUUGUGAUGAGGCGUGCCUUAAAUUCAAUGAAUGCUGUAGUGACUAUACAGAUACAUGCCCUAAACCAACACCACCAUAUCCCCCAACCACAACAAAACCAACAACCACCACAAAACCAGCAAGCACCCCACCACCAUCAACAAAGACACCAUCAACAACCCGAAGAAAUGUACCAACCCGAAGAAGACUAACAAGCACCCCACCACCAUCAUCAAAGACACCAUCAACAACCCAAAGAAAUGUACCAACCCGAAGAACACUAACAAGCACCCCAACACCAUCAACAAAGACACCAUCAACAACCCGAAGAAAUGUACCAACCCGAAGAACACUAACAAGCACCCCACCACCAUCAACAAAGACACCAUCAACAACCCGAAGAAAUGUACCAACCCGAAGAAGACUAUCAAGCACCCCACCACCAUCAACUAAGACACCAUCAACAACCCGAAGAAAUGUACCAACCCGAAGAAGACUAACAAGCACCCCACCACCAUCAACUAAGCCACCAUCAACAACCCGAAGAAAUGUACCAACCCGAAGAAGACUAACAAGCACCCCACCACCAUCAACAAAGACACCAUCAACAACCCGAAGAAAUGUACCAACCCGAAGAAGACUAACAAGCACCCCACCACCAUCAACUAAGACACCAUCAACAACCCGAAGAAAUGUACCAACCCGAAGAAGACUAACAAGCACCCCACCACCAUCAACAAAGACACCAUCAACAACCCGAAGAAAUGUACCAACCCGAAGAACACUAACAAACACCCCACCACCAUCAACAAAGACACCAUCAACAACCCAAAGAAAUGUACCAACCCGAAGAACACUAACAAGCACCCCACCACCAUCAACAAAGACACCAUCAACAACCCGAAGAAAUGUACCAACCCGAAGAACACUAACAAGCACCCCACCACCAUCAACAACCCAACGAUAUCCAGCAACCCCAACAACACCAGCAAGCACCCCUCCAUCUUCAACAAAGACAACAUCAACAACCCAACGGUUUCCAGCAACCCCAACAAAACCAUCAAGCAUCCCACCACCAUCAACAAAGACACAAUCAACAACUCCACCAUAUCCAGCAAACACAAUAAAAACAGCAAGCAUCCCACCACCAUCAACAAAGACACAAUCAACCACAUUGAAUCCUUCCUUUACAUACAUAUACAAUAUUUUACAGACUUUGUUCUCCAGUUUCCUCAGUAUUUUUAAGUCUUUCGGAACCCUUAAUAACACACCUAUUUUGAAUUAAUUUAACUUAACAUUGUUUUCAUGAGUGAUGGAAUGAUCUGCAAGUCUCCACCUGUAGAGUCAUUCCAAAGCAGUAGAUGGCACACCUAUAUCGCAUUCUCUUACUAUUAGCCAACUGAAUUCUGUCUUUACCUCUAACUUUGUAAUCCAUUUUAAUGUAAUUUCACUUACUAUUAAAUUCUAAUAUGUAUAAAUA